AUGUACAUCAUAGACGAUGCUGAGAUUUCACUGACGGUUUUGAUAAAAGUGACAAUAGUUGAUGAAGUGAGCAUAUUUGAGCCAUUGGUUGAAGAAACUUUGUUUACUUCAUCUUUAGUUGGGGAGUAG